GUAUGAGCACCUACUCCGUAAAAGUAAUUGUAAUCUCAUAAAUAGCUCCGUAAAGCUAGCUAGCUACUAUACUAUGGCAAUUUCAACGUCUUUUGAUAUCCAAGAAGCAUUAGCAUAUGCACUGUCUUGUGUGAAGCAAGAAGGACUGAUCCUCAACAGCAGGUCCGUACUCUCAAGCUCCUGUCAGAAGGAAGGGACGUUUUUGUGUGGUUCCCAACUGGGUAUGGCAAGUCUCUGUGCUAUCAAUUGCUACCCUUCUUGAUGGACUACAAGCUUGGUAGGACUAAGGGGCCUCUUGUCGCCAGAAGUGUAGUUCUUGUCAUCUCUCCCCUUGUGUCUUUCAUGACUGACCAGGUCAGGAGUCUGAACACUAGAGGUGCUUCUGCUGCCAUCCUCAGUAGUAAUAAGGGAAUCGACAGAAGUCUUGUUGCCACUAACAAAGAUGUGUCGGAUUGAAAGUACCGUCUGCUGUUCACUGCCCCAGAGGCUGUUGUUGAAGACUAUCGUUGAGGAUGCUAUUACUAGAGCCUCCACUCAAUUCCUCUUUACCGGUAGUGGCAAUAGCUAUGGACGAAGCACACUGUGUUUACAAGUGGAGCUCUGACUUUCGUCCUGCCUAUGCACACCUAGGUGAGCUUAGAGCAUUUGCCCCUCCUGGUGCUCCAAUGUUGGCUGCAAACUGGAUAGUUUCUGACCUACCCUCUAGCUCCACAGCGAUUGCAGAUGAUGUCGAGGCACUGGCAUUAUGUGGACCAUCAAUGAGUAAAAGUAAGCCUUUUUCCUCGAACCCCGAUGGUACUCCUCUUUGCUGAUGGACGCGAGCUCACAGUGAAAGAAGAUGCGUCGGAACCACUCGUGUCCUUAGUCCUUUUCUUAGGGGCUGAUCUUACUGGACUACUAGGGAGCUGCUCUUUGGACACUUGUUUCUGGUAGCUAUGUCUGGCCAGGAGCCUGAACGCCUCUAUGGACUCUAUCUUCUUGAUACAAGAAAGACAGACAAUCUUUGACAGGCCAUCUGAAUCACUAACAGGCAGAUCCAAUGCAAGACUGAGCCUCCCUGGAAUAUCUUCUUUGAGAGCCUUACUGCUGAACAAAAUUAAUGUUUAUAUCUUCUGUUUUGUGUGGCAUCAGUGCUGCAACAUAACCUACAAAGAACAAACUUAGAAGCCAUCAUUAAUUUUAUUCAAUUUUCAUUUGACCACAUGGACUUAAUAAUAAUAACGAAGUC